GCCGGCGGGGCGCAGAGCGGGGAGCCAGGGGGAAACUUCCGGGAAUGUCUGUACUCCCGCGUUCCAUUGGGCGGCAUCCGGCGGCAGCGGAGCCUGUGGCUCCCCCUGCGGGCGGCUCAGCAGCGUGCACGGGCGAGCCGUGGGGUUCCGAGGCUCGGGCAGCAUGACGACGGAGACCUUUGUGAAGGAUAUCAAGCCCGGGCUCAAAAACCUGAACCUCAUCUUCAUUGUACUGGAGACAGGCCGAGUGACCAAGACGAAAGACGGCCACGAGGUUCGCACCUGCAAAGUGGCAGACAAAACUGGCAGCAUCAAUAUCUCUGUCUGGGACGACGUGGGCAACCUGAUCCAGCCAGGGGACAUUAUCCGACUCACCAAAGGGUACGCUUCAGUGUUCAAAGGUUGUCUGACAUUGUACACUGGUCGUGGGGGUGAUCUUCAGAAGAUUGGAGAAUUCUGUAUGGUUUAUUCUGAGGUUCCGAACUUCAGUGAGCCAAACCCAGAGUACAGCACCCAGCAGGCUCCCAGCAAGACGGUGCAGAACGAUAACAGCCCUACAGCCUCCCCACCUACCACCGGAGCCCCCACGGCUCCUACAGCCUCUGAAAACCAGAAUGGGAAUGGACUGAGUGCCCCAGCAGGCUCUGGAGGUGGUCCGCACCCGCCUCAUGCACCCCCCCACCCUCCCAGCACCCGAAUCACCCGAAGCCAGCCCAACCACACACCUGCCGGCCCUCCUGGGCCCUCCAGCAACCCUGUCAGUAACGGCAAAGAAACACGGAGGAGCAGCAAGAGAUAGCAAGACAGCCUUCCUCGCUUCCUGCCGUGGGCCCGAACCUGACAGCCUUCCUGACAGCCCUCCUGACAGCUGUGCAG